AAUACACUGGCUUAUUAAGUGUUUAUCAACGAACUCGAUUUUCGGUACUUCCUGGACACGUCGACGUAGCGGACAGAAACCGGAAAUCUGUUUACCAAAAGAGUACAUUCGUUUUGAAUUAUGGAGACAUUAUACGGUAUACCUUUCGCAGUGUUGGAAUGUCCAAAUAUAAAACUCAAAAAGCCGUCAUGGUUGCACAUGCCCUCUGCUAUGACAGUCUAUGCGAUUGUUAUUGUAUCGUACUUUCUCAUUACUGGAGGCAUCAUUUACGAUGUCAUUGUGGAACCACCUAGUGUGGGUUCAAUGACUGAUGAACAUGGGCACCAGCGGCCUGUUGCGUUUUUGGCAUACAGAGUGAAUGGCCAGUACAUCAUGGAAGGGUUGGCCUCCAGUUUCCUCUUCACUAUGGGAGGCUUGGGCUUCAUAAUCCUGGAUCGCUCCAAUGCCCCAAACAUCCCUAAACUCAACCGCUUCCUCCUGCUGUUCAUUGGUUUUGUAAGCGUCCUGCUCAGCUUCUUCAUGGCCAGGGUGUUCAUGAGAAUGAAACUGCCGUAAGUAAUCUCUUGUGAAGAUUUA